GGCGAUACCGCGUUUUCUUGAAUGACUUCUGAAUGGAUGACGCUGAAUGGCGCCGACUGAAUGACACCAAAUUUUAGUUACUCUGGGACACUGGACAUACAAAGUACCCUUUUGUGCUUUGUUCUUCCAAGCACAGCCUAUGCGUGGUUCCUCGUCCCCCUUUCACUGCUAACUUGCUGUAAAAAACUGUUACCAUUCAUUUACAGUAGACGCUCAUCCAGCAAUAAAUAGCUCUGGCCUUGGAUCACGUUCCUACAUCCUCACUUACAACACAUUGACGCUUUCCCUCUCCAUCUCUCACACCCAUGACCCACACAUUCUUCACUCUGCAACAGAACGUUUAUCAAGCCAGUCAUGAGCCCAUAACCGUGGAAGACGUUGACGAGCUCAAUGUUUCUUCUCAAGCCUUGCGGCGUCUUAUCAACUCAGCUCAAGGCGCCACCGUUGGAGUGGCAGCCACGUAUCGCCCCGACUGUACUCUUUCGUCUUUAGCAUUUUCAACGCUCACCAGAGCACUCGUAAUUCAUUUCUUUGCUGCGAAUAAGCCAAAUCCGCAGCAGCAGCUGCAGAAGAAGAAGAAGAAGAAGAGCCAGGAACAUCAACCUCAGGUUUCCCGAGGACGCAUCCUUAUACAAGACGAAAUUCUGUGUAAUAUUGGCAUUAAACUCUAUGGGUACAGGAUAGACAGAAUCGCAAUCGGUCUCUUCCUGGAGCUCUCACUUCGCAUCAAUGCCGGGGUUGACAUCCUGUCGGUGUCCAACAGUAAUCGGCGCUCCUUCCAGGCAAUUAUGGACGCCUUGGGCGGCAUGACCUUACUCCAGAAGGCAAACGUGAAAACCCUCUUCUCUCAUAAAGAUGGGGACGUAGCGACCAAGGAUGUGGCGCUUCAAGCUUGGGCAGCAUGUCGCGCUGCCACACUGGAUGACAUGACGCUUAGAUAUGCUGCCCUAUCUCGAAUCGCCACAGACACAAUGCCAGAUGUUCAUCUGAACACCCUAGCAAAGAUCUCUCGCGACGCUGAAGUUUUGGAUUCUAUGAAGCCAACAAAAGUCGUCAACCAUGUCAAAGCAGACUUCAACUACAAGAAGGGUGAUGUCAACCUCGAGUGCACUCGCUUCAGUACCCGUAUCAUGAAGUCUAGAUAUAGCGACCAAGUCAUCCAAAUCGAAACGAUGGUUGGAGAUAAGCGGACAAUGGUCACUGGUCGUGCAGAGCGAAUAGAUGGAAAACAGGCUCAUAUCAACAUCAACGGCAAGGUACAUGCUUCGAGCAAGGUCCUCACCGUGACAACUUUUGGGAAAGGAGACUUGACAGCCGCUGAAUCAUUCAGAGAAGAUGUAGUGCUAAAGGCGCUUCAAGGUACCAUAACGUUGACCAAAUAUCCAUUCUUCUGUAGUAUCUGGGCGCCGUCAUUAAACAUAUCAUGGCCGCCCCAGAAUGCUUCCACCACGUCGUUCGUCUACUAUCCCGACGGCACAUUGAACCCCUCGCAAUAUGUUGCAGUGGAGCGAAUUAUCUCGCAAGCGGACAGGGAUCGUGUAUUGCUUAUUCAAGGUCCUCCUGGUACUGGCAAAACAACAGUCAUAGCGGCCAGUGUCAAUAGCAUGAUCAACACUGGCCCUAUGGAGCGUACGGUUUGGCUUGUGGCGCAAUCUAACGUUGCUGUGAAAAAUAUCGCAGAAAAGCUUGACAAGGUUGACUUCCGUGAUUUCAAGCUUCUUGUAUCCAAGGACUUCCAUUAUGACUGGCACGAACACCUCUACGAGAGACUGCAGCAUUGUUUUAUACGAUCCGACCAAUUUGGUGGCUCGGUCGUCGAAAUCAGUCGACUUUUGCUCGACGCAAGAGUCAUACUCUGCACGUUGAGCACACUGUCCAAUCCCAAUAUCGAUACCAUAACUCGUCUUGUUCCGGUACAAACCGUGAUAUUUGACGAGGCAAGUCAAAUAGAAGUGGGAGACUACGUGCCGCUGCUUAAGCGUUUCGAGCCCAGCCUCCAAAAGAUGGUGUUCAUCGGUGAUGACAAGCAACACCGCAUGCCAGUCGUCAUUGGAAACUUCAUUUCCCAUCAUGUAUACGAUCAGAAGUUGAGGACUAUGCACGAAAUCACCAGCAAGACAGCGUGUCGUUUCCUGGAUGUCAAAACGGGCCGGGAGGAGAAAGCGGGGCACAGCUGGAUAAAUCAAAAGGAGAUAUCCAUGGUUAUCCACCUCGCCCGUUUAUACGAAAUCCAGGGCAAGAAGUUCAAAAUCCUCACCCCGUACGAUGCGCAGAGGACUACGAUUGAAGAGCAACUAAAAUCAGCGAAGCUUCUGUGGGAAGAUAAGUGCUUCAAUGUGGACUCCUUCCAAGGAAACGAAGAGGACCAUAUAAUCAUCUCUCUAGUCCGUUCCCAGGGCGUGGGGUUCUUAAAGAACGCGCGCAGGACGAACGUUAUGCUGACACGAUGCAAGAUGAGCAUGAUCAUUUGCACGAACCGUGAUUUCGUGACGAAGGGUGCAGCAGCACGCACGCUAGUCGGGAAGCUUGCUGCUACCAUGGGCCUUGAGUCCUGGCUGGACAGUCGUAAUAUCAUCAACGGCAUCUUCAAGUGAUUUGGACUGUUUACAUUACGUUUCUUCGAUGAGCUUUGGGACUUUCUUUAACUUGCUCGAGGCAUCUUGCACCGCAUUUUGUAUUAUAUAGCAAUUGAUGUAUGCACAUGCUGUAAGCCAGAGUAUACGUAGCAG